CAACAUCAACGCAAUGUAAGUUCCCUGCCUGAGAUCGUUUCGGAGUUGUUUAACUGCUCUUCUGUUUUUCCCGCCAUGCUGCGCGGUCGCAUAUCGCUCCACUCUCCUCCCAACCAUGACGUACUACUCCCAUCCUCACCCCCAAAAGAAUCCCCAACGCGCGAAGUAAUAACACCGCCAUGCACGUGGACAUGGGUCCUCAUAACAUCAUUGUGUCCAGUGAGACAAACCCCGAGAUACAAGCGGUCAUUGAUUGGGAAUUCGUAGCUAGCGCACCAUAUGCAUCGCUUCACCGAACUAUUGAGAUGCUCUUCCAUAAGCCUGCUCCCAAUGGGUUUGGACCGGAGUACGAAGACGCUGAUGAACUCCGCGAAGCUUUCUGGGCAACUAUCCCUGACCGGAAGCAGCGGGACCAAAGUGAGUGGUUCAGGUUCGGCCUGUUCAUGAAAUCUGAAUGGAGACCGAAAGACGUGCCCAAGGAUAAGAUGCAGAACUUUUGGACGGAUAAUAUUCGGGUUGUUGGGGACAUUUUGAACAAGUAUGCGUAG